AUGAUUAUCUCCACUUGUGCGCCUGGAAGGGCAGCCGGGACCCUUAAGAUUGGCCUCAAGCAGUACUCGAAACAAUACUACACCACGGGUCCGAUACCGGCGACGAAUGGCAAACAUGCAGCCCAGAGGAUAGAAGACCCGGAAACCCAACGAGAACUCUUCGUCAAUGUUCUGAAUGCAAACGCCACUCGACGAGAUGCCAAGCAAUAUCUUGCACGCUUCAAAUCUCCAAAGAAGGAGACACCAGAUGUCGGCACGAAGCUCACCGCCAUUCAGGAAGAACAAAAUGCUCGACAUCAACGAGAUCAGAGUCGAGUGGAACGUCUCGGAGUGAACUUGGGAGGAAUGUAUGCUCCUGCGCGAGCUAUUGCAAGCACUGCUCAGUUCGCACAGCAUGAUGAUGUGCAACCCCAGACAACGCCUCGCCAGGAAUUACAUGUGGCGUUGACGUGCCUCAGAUCACCGGAGAGGGUCGAUGACGAGACGCUCGACGGCCUGGCGAGAACUCUUGCUCAACUUGUGCGACUUGACAUGAAGAUUGUACUUGUGCUCGACGGCAAUGAGAAUGGUGUCAGCCAACCUGCUGAUCGUAGAGCCCAUCGAAAACAUCUUGCAGAGCAGGCUGAUCGACUCUGCGACUUCAUUGACAGGCACAACCCCGAGGGUGCCCGAGCGGUCAUGAAUGCGCUUGAGCUGGCUGACGAUGGCGAAGACAUCAGUGUCACCAUGCCUAACCUCCUGCUGGACCCACUGAGUCGAGGCAUGAUACCAGUCAUACCGUCGCUCGCAUACACAGUAUCUGGCCAAUUGGUACCAGUGCCUGUCUCAGAUAUCAUGACUGGACUCACGAAGCACCUUACUGGGCGUGACAAGCUCUCAGUGCCUCCUCGAAGCCGGCAACCACCUGCGUCCGUGGACAGGGUGAUCCUUCUUGACGCCAUCGGCGGCAUACCUAGCAAGGAUCGCGGGGAUGGAGCACAUGUCUUCGUCAAUCUGCAACAGGAGUUCCCGAUGAUCGAGCAAGAGCUGGCGGAAUAUGCUGCGGAAGUCGCCGGAGGCAGUGAGUCCUUUGGCCGACAUACCAUUUACGAGCAGCACCUCAAGAAUAUGAAGCUCACCAGAGACUGUCUUGAGCUGUUACCGUCAUCUGCAUCUGCAGUGAUUGUGUCGCCUCAGGAGGCCGCCAGCUCUUCCACCAGAUCGACUGUGCCCACUGCAGGAAUUGGAACCAGAAGGCAGAAGAAUCCUCUGAUCCACAACCUGCUCACCAAUAAGCCGCAGGUCUCUUCAUCUUUACCAGCCGCUCGCUUCCACGUUGAUGAAAGCGAAUAUACUUCGCAACAUAACGCGACUACCGUCCUGCGACGAGGGAUGCCACUUGUCAUCAUUCCUGCAGCACCACGGGCCAUUGGUUGGCACAUACCCAAGGACGGUGUCUCAGAUCUGAACUUGGAAGACGACCCACGGAUAGACCCCCGGCGACUGGUCUAUCUCAUUGAAGACAGCUUUCGGCGUAAGCUCAAUGUCCAGCACUACCUGAAUCGCGUUCGAGGUCGUGUUGCUGGCUUGAUUGUGGCUGGUGAAUAUGAAGGUGGUGCAAUUUUGACCUGGGAGAUGCCGCCAGGAACCAACGAUCCAAGCCGCAUGGUACCCUAUCUCGACAAGUUCGCUGUUCUGCAAACAUCACAAGGCUCGAGUGGCGUUGCUGAUGUCGUCUUUCAGGCAAUGGUACGAACAUGCUUCCCCAAUGGCGUCUGCUGGCGAAGCAGGAAAGACAACCCAGUCAACAAGUGGUACUUUGAACGGGCGGCUGGCUCAUGGCAAAUUCCUAAUAGCAAUUGGACCAUGUUCUGGACUGGCGAAGGCGUGGUGGAGAACGAUCAGAAGUGGAAUGACUACGUAGGGGUCUGCAGAGACAUUGGUCCUAGCUGGGCCGAUGGGAAGACGCCGGAUUGA